AUGGCUUUCUACGUCACACGAAAUAUGUACACAUGAACAAAGUCACACUAAAAUGUACCAUAUGUCACAUGCGGUAUGCCCACGUGAAACACUACAAGGAUCACAUAGAAAAAUCUUGCUCAUCAUCUGCUGUUGAUAACAGAUUAAUACCUGUAAAUACGCUUGACUUGGAAAUGUCUAGUACUCAGGCUAGUAGCCAGUCUUUGUGUGCCUCAUACGUGAUGGAUGCGAAAACUAGUUCAGUUAAUCAAUUGACCGUCGAGGCUAACACAGACAUUAGUACUGCAGAGACACAGGCUUCAAGCCCUCAAUUGAUUACCAAACUGUCAUGCUUGGCUCGGCAACUGGAGUCACAACAUCGCUGUACGAAAGUAGCUGUAGACGCAGUAGUACAUGGAGUUGCAAAUAUCUUGGCAGCUGCCGGCGUUGCGCUUGAUGUUUCAGCUCUUCAUAAUUCCAGUGCAAGGAAGGCACUUUAUUGUUCCGAAGGAAUAUAUGUGGCUCCAGUAGAGGUAACUCUUGAUUGUGGGAGUAAAGGCUAUAUUAUUCCUCUUAAAAGCCUGCUUGAAAAUCUGCUGCACCACCCAUAUUUUCUCCAUUGCUUCAAGUCCAAAUUGGACAUCUCAAGCAGUGACCUCCUCAAGGAUUUCACUGAUGGCACGAGAUUUCAGACACAUCCCGUUGGCAGUUCCCAUGAUGAAAAUUUAAUUGUGAUGUUACUUUACUGUGACGAUAUCGAGUUGGCCAAUCCGAUUGGCAUGAAAAGAGGCUCUAGAGGUCGAAACUGAGUAAUAUUUUUUUACUGGCUGUAGGAAACUCAAAGGACUUGAAGUCAAUGGAUGCAAAGGCAAAGCUCCUUAGUGACUUUUUUUCUACUGUGAAUAAGCUACAAACUGGCUGUGACCUUCAAACAAUGCAUAGCAAAGAAACAUUUUUUGGGUACCUGUUGGCAUACUCUGGAGACUCCCUGGCAUGCCACAACAUAGCAGGAUUCAAGGAAUCUUUCAGCAAGAAUGUCCGCUUCGCAUGUAGGACUUGUAUGGUUGCAACAUCUGAAUUUUCUCGCUUCCACUAUGAGAUAGAGUGUUCUUUGCGUACCCAGUGUCAAUAUGAAAAGCAGUUGUUGCAACUUGAAAAAUCGGAUUCAAAGAAAAGCUUCACUGAGCAUUCAGCACAAUGUGGUAUCAAUUCUAGGUCUGUGCUGUCCAAAAUCAACCACUUCUCGAUCUUGACAGACCUGCUUUAUGAUCCGAUGCACGUCCUGCUAGAAGGGGUUGUUCCGUUUGAACUGCAACUCUUUGCAAAAUUCAUUGUGAGAGAAGCUUCAUGGAUCAGUUUAAGCCAACUCAAUGCUGCCCUGUCUCAAUUUUCUUUCCACAAGUUUGUGAGCAAAAGUGACUAUCCCAGGCCUUUUGAAUCUGAUUUCAGUUUUCCUUCUUCAGCAAGUUCUACUUAUGUACUUAUGCUGCAUUUUUUGUUCAUAAUAGAUAAUUUUGUGCCCAGAAACAAUGUGCAAGAGCCACACUGUGAGUGUUUUUUGUUGUUGUGCAUAAUCACGCAGCUGUUACUUUCUCCUGUGUUAUCUCCUGAUGUGCUUUGGGAUGUUGAGCACCUUAUUGCACGUCAUAAUGAACUUAUUGUGAGGCUGUAUGGCUCAGAUGCAUUUAAGCCGAAGCACCACAUGCUGCUGCACAUGAGCACACAGAUAAGACGCUUUGGUCCUUCUCAUCAUCACUGGACAAUGCGUUUUGAAGGCAAAAAUGCCCUUCCAAAAUCCAAGAAAUUCUGGAAUUUCAAAAACAUUCCCUUAUCAGUUGCUGACUUUUUUCAAACACAAAUGUCCAGUGAUCUUUGGGAAGCACCAGGUCACCCUAAACUUAAAGAAGCUCAACGUGGCAUGCCAGAUGUUGGAAUGCCAUUCAUCCUGACGUCUGAUUUCCUACAUUGUGGUUUAGAGACCAGGAACAUUGGCGAAGUAGCUUCUUCUGUAUCGUAUGCCAAUGUUGCUAAUGUAAAGAUCUCCAUUUCUGAUGUUGUUGUGUUUUCAAGAAGCGAUGGUCCACUGUUUGGAGAGGUACAGGCAAUUGUAUCCUGGUGCAGCAACAUUUUUUUUGUUGUGCAUGUGCUUGUUCAAGCCAGAUACGCAAAGCAUGUAAAUGCCUUUGUUUUGCUGAAGACAACGCAUACAAUGGCAAUGAGGUCUGAAUCGCUGUUGUACCCAUGGCCCCUGUUUGUGUACUCAAAGGAUGACAAUAUUUAUGGGAUCACAAAGUGUCUCCAUGAGUGUCCUCUCUGAAUAAAGUUGUCAUUUUUUCAACAUUGGUGUAAAGCCCACCAAGCCCAGAGAAUGUUUUUAUUAUAUAUGUGCAGUGGUGUCUUACAAUGAAGUACUGUUCUUAUUCCAGGAA